GGCAAUGUUUGGUUACACAGUCAGUGUCACACUCACACACCCGCGGAAAAACGCCGUCCACUGAAUUCCACGUGUCGAAACAUAAUUGGGUAGUUAGAGUAACCACAGUGACGGAACAGUAACACCAGCAUUACCCUUUAGUUUCCCCGUCACUUUCUUUCUUCCGUAGUUUCCUCAGACAAUCAAAAACCUCUUCUUCUUCUUCAGAGCUUUGUUUUUUUUUGCGAUUUCAACAACAAAAAUGGCGAAAUCUGACAUUGAAACUGGUGGUGGUAACGAGCUGUAUCCGGGAAUGAAAGAGAGCUCGGAGCUUCGUUGGGCUUUCAUAAGAAAACUUUACAGCAUUUUGUCUCUUCAGUUGCUUGUCACCGUCGGAGUCUCCGCCGUUGUUUACUUCGUCCGUCCGAUCCCCGAGUUCAUCACCGAGACUCACCGUGGCCUUGCCGUCUUUUUCGUCAUCCUCCUCCUUCCUCUCCUCCUGUUGUGGCCUCUGUUGGCUUUUGAGAAGAAGCAUCCGAUAAACUGCAUUGUCCUGUCCAUCUUCACUCUCUCCAUUUCCUUCUCUGUGGGGAUUUGCUGCUCUCUCUCCCAAGGGAGGAUUGUUCUGGAGGCUGCAAUUCUCACAGCUGUGAUGGUCUUUGGUCUAACGAUCUACACCUUCUGGGCAGUGAAGAGAGGACAUGAUUUCUCCUUCCUUGGACCAUUCCUCUUUGGUGCUCUCCUCAUUAUCCUUGUCUUCACCCUUUUGCAGAUAUUCCACCCUCUGGGGAAGCUAUCAUCGAUGAUAUUCAGCGGAAUAGCUUCAAUAGUGUUCUGCGGAUACAUCAUCUUCGACACCAAUCAGCUGAUCAAGAAACUCAACUACGACGAAUAUAUCACUGCAGCGAUUCGUCUAUACCUCGACGUUAUGAAUCUCUUCCUCAGUCUCCUCGGCAUUAUAAGCAACUGAACGUUAUGAAUCUCAAUCUCCUAUAGUAUUCUACUUAUUCCAGACAUAGAUUUAUCGAAUAUUAAGAACACAUGUUUAUGGCUUGAUUAAGUUGUUAACAAUACCAAAGGUCCAAAACAUUCUACAUAAGCAAACAAUCCUUAAUGAUUUAUUUGUCUCCUUGUGAGUUUAGA